CACAACAGCAUCAAAGGAAAAAAAAAGAAAAAAAUAAAAGGAAAAGGAGAAAAACAAAUAUAGACCAAAAAAGAAAAGAAAAAACCCAAGUAUUUUUUCUCUGUUUGCAGCGUCUUUUUUAUAAUUGAAGAAAGAAAAUUUACAGUGGUUUGGAGCUUCAGUUGCUUUUCAAUCAUCUCAGGGUUUAUUAAUGUCUGAUAAAUUGGGUGUUGUUGACGUGAGUUCCGGUGCCGCUUCGGGAGAAUCAAGGAAAGGGGUGAGUGGUGGAAUGGUUGACGGUUCGGAAUCCAAAACCCUAGCGGUGAAUCCUGGUGAUAAGGAGAUUUUGAGUGAUGGGGUUAGGGUUUCGGAGGAGUCUGAGGUUUCUGUCCGGGAAUCAAACACCGGCGCCACAAUUAGUGGGAGUGGGUGGCAUGCUCCUGAAUCUUGUAGCUUAAGAAUCAAUGGUUGGCAUGAUGGGAGUAGAAGCAGAGUUGUGGAAAUGAUGUCUCCUGGUGGCGGAUGGGAAUCAUGGGGGGUUAUGAAUUUGGUUGGUAGAGUGCUGGAGGGAAGGUUUUCUAUGGAUGAUGAGGUGGAAGAUGUAAACAAUCCUGAAAAUGGGCCUGAGGUGAAUCCGGUUGCAGAUACGAAGGCGUGGCAGGGUGUGAUUGGGGAGCCGACAUCUAGAAAUGGAAUUGACAUUAAAGGAACUGCAAUCGACAAAGAUUCGGAUAUGGGGAAUUCCAGUUCUCCGGGUGAGAGAACUGUUUUAUAUGGAAACCAAGAUUUAAUCUCUAAUGAAAUGGUGCCAGAUGGGAAGUUGGAAACCGAGGAAGUAAAUAAUGUUAAGGAUGACGUAUUGAUACCAAAACAACGUGGAGAACAUUUUAUGACGGAAAAGGAAGGAGAAUAUUACGUGGCGGAUCUAGUGUGGGGCAAGGUUAGAAGCCACCCUUGGUGGCCUGGCCAGAUAUUUGCACCGUCAGCUGCAUCCGAUAAGGCAAUAAAAUAUUUCAAGAGAGAGAGUUAUUUGAUAGCGUACUUUGGGGACCAAACAUUUGCAUGGAAUGAAGGAUCAAAAAUCAAACCUUUUCGGAUGCAUUUCUCUCAAAUGGAGAAACAGAGCAAUGCAGAUGGAUUUCGCCAUGCUGUGGUUUGUGCCCUCAAUGAGGUUGCUCGGCGAGUUGAGUUCGGGCUUUCAUGUCCAUGCUUGCCCCCACAGGUGCGUGAUAAGGUAAAACUCCAAGAAGUUGCAAGUGCCGGUAUCCGAGAAGAAUCGAGCAGAAGAGCUGGAGGGGACAAUUUAUCUAGUGCAGCCUCGUUUAUACCGGGAGAACUUGUGCAGUUUGUGCAAUCACUGGCUGGAUGUCCACAGUCCAAAACUGAUGGGCUGCAGUUUGCUGUAGCAAAAGCUCAACUACUCUCCUUCAGUAGAUGGAAGGGUCAUUUUCAGCUCCCCGUUUUUGAAGAGAGUGGGCUGUUGGAGGAUGAUACUUCUGUGAAGGGGGACGGAAACGACUCGGUGGAACUGAUGGAAGGCGUCCUUCCAGGUUCAGGUUCUGAGUGUGCCAAUGAUUUUCCAUCUAAAAAGAGAAAUUCAACUGCUGGAGAUGGUUCUUCUCGGAAGCGUAAGCACCUAUCAGGUGUUGAAGAGUUCUCAAAGAUAAAAGAAAAACAUGUAUCUGCUUUGAUGUCCACUGGCAGCACAAAUUUACAGAAUGAUGAGAAGAAGCCCAUAAGAAGGGCUCGCAGGAAGUCCAUCUCAAAGAGUGGAACAUUUGCUGGUGAUGGUUCUGGAAAAUCUCAAAGAGCGGAAAUCAUUCCAGCUGAGGUUCCUACUCCUGAUGUAAUUCUCUCAAACCUAAUCGUUGCUGCAAAAAGCCCCCUGCAUGGGCAUGACGACAUGGUUUCAGUAGUUGGCUUGCUUCGUGAAUUCAGGAAUUCAAUUUGUCUAGAAAAAUAUAGUUCUGGAAACACGAAAAAGGAUGCUGGAAAGCACAAGGAUACACAAGCAUCCAACUUGGAGACUACCAAUACAUUUGGAUUUGAAGGUACUGAGGACUCAUACUGGACAGACAGAAUCAUUGAAAGCCACUCUCAAGAUAAGGUGUUGUUUGAACCAGGGGCCCCUAAUGAGAGGGCUGCUACAGUGGAAGCCAAUGCUGGUGUAGCUUUGAGCUUGCACAAUAAAAAAGAUGGAGAUGCUGUAAUUGUGGACUUGGAUGCGGAAAAUCCAUCAGUUCAGAUAAAUGAAGUAUCUGACGAAGAUUUUCCAACUGCUUUGAUUCUUAACUUUACAAAUUUGGAGGCUAUUCCAUCCAUUGUCAAUCUGAACGAGAUAUUCAGCCAUUAUGGACCUUUGAAGGAGUCGGAGACUGAAAUAUUUAGCAAAAGCAAGCGCGCAAAGGUGAUCUUCAAGAGGCGAGCAGAUGCUGAAACUGCAUUUAGCAGCACCGGCAAGUAUAGUACUUUUGGGCCGUCGCUUGUCAGUUAUCGCCUUCAUUAUGCCCCUUCACCUCGUAAAUCUCGUGCAGCCUCAAAGAGGAACAAGAAGACGAAUCUCUGAAAGUCAUUGCUGUUUGAAUUUGGUGAGGAUUAGUAGAUGUAUUAUAUCUUUAUCUCCUUAUUAAAAACUCUUAUAGUUCUUUGUUUAGUAUAUUGUUGUGAGGACUUGCGUAUAGAGGAAGGCUAGCAGCUGACCUAUUGUUUCAUAUUAGUAUGUUGGGUAUACAGCAGACUCAAUAAUCUUUAUCUGACCAUAAAACUAAAUAUGGGAUAUACAUUGUGAUUGUGGUGGAUGUAACUGUAAACAUCUUUUGAGGGUUACUGUGUUAAAGCUAGUCCAACUUUGAACUUUUUUACUUUGGUUUCUCAGUUUGUGUAUAAAUAUAUUCUCACCAUGUGUUUUGU